CAAAAUAAUAAAAAGCCAAUGCCGAGAGCUUGGCGCCUGGCUCAAUUAACCAUAAAAUUAACCGAAAAAGCUGGCGGCUUUUCUGGGAAACGGAUUUUCUUCCAGAGUACAGUGAAUGCUUAAUAAACAAUUAUAAAUAUUAAAACAAAGGGCGACUUUUGGCAGAGUUAUAGGGAUGCGCACAGCAUCCUUGGCAAUGACGUCAUUCGCUUGCUGACCAGUUUGACUGCGUUCGUGUGUGCGUGUAUGCGCGUGUGUGUGUUGAAACUAGAGCGCAAUAGCAAAUUCGAUUUGCGUUCGCUAACGAAUUUACUGCAAAGGCUAACCAACUCCAAACGCUGCAGGAUAACCGAUAAAUUUGAUUAAUACCUCUGGACUCUUACGCUUUUUUUCUGUGGUUUCUUGUUUCCAGGAUCUCGACCCAUUCACAUUCACAAUAUUUAAUGGCGAACUAACUAAUCUAUUCAGGUUUUUCCCACCUAUUCUGGGCACAAGCUGGAAUGACAAAAGUCAGAGUCCAACCACAAAAAAGUACAAUCAGCAGAAUGGCCUCAAGUAGUAGUUGCAUUAUCCUUGGUUGCCUCUUAGUCCUAAUACAAUCGCUGGCACCAGUGACGGCGGCGGAACACCCGGUAUUUACCCACAAGAACGCUUCCUCGGUUUUGGGUCAGCUGGUCACCUCCAGCACACUGGUGUGGGAGAGCUAUGAUCCCGUGGAUGCCACGCAGCUACAGUUCGCCGUGGAGGGUGGAAAGUACAUAACCGAGGAUGAGCAUUACCCCAUCUACGUAUGCCGUGUGCCCAUCGACGGCAUUCAGGUGUCCGGCCACACUGAGAAAAUUCUUCAAAGACACAUCUGCCUUGCGGCCCACUAUAAGCACGGCAGGUACGACAACUUUGACGUCCUAAUGAACAAAGGUCACCUAGGAAAGGUUGGCUGGCGUCACUGGCGUAAAUUCGAUGCUGGAGUUCCGGUUGGUGCCAUUCGAAUCGGAGACGACUCCUACAUUGGACGGCACCGGGCCCCAAGUCAACGGAAUGGGGAGGGUGUUGCCACCCACUGGGGAGCAGACUUUAACUUGGGUCACUGGGAACCUCUGGGCUUGGGUAAAAUAAGGGUUAUAGAGAACGAACGAGAAAAAUACUAUGACGAUGGCGAGGUUUUAGUCGAGACAGAGCCCUUCCGAUAUGAGCUCAAGAACAUCAAACUGGAUCGCCUGCGCACCGAGACUCGGGUGAACAUGACUGAAUUGGUUACUAGGAAGCUGGAAAAUCUGGAAGACAAAUACAGCACUGUGGAGACCAUUUUUAGCUACAGCUUCGACUAUAAUCAGUAUUGGGGAUCCCACGAGGGUGUUGCUCGAGGUCUGCCUACAAAAAUAUUCGAAAAAGAUCAAGCCGUCCCAGCCGAAAUAAACUGGGCCUUGAAGCACACUGAGAAACGAUCAGAAAACAAGGCAGUCCAUACGAAGCUCUGGCCCGGCACAGCCAUUAAUGUAACCCUUCGCGGCAAUUAUGUGACUCUGGAGGCACCGUACAAUGGCACGCUUUUUGCCUUCUACUACGGCAGUGAUGAAAGCGUGUCCCGCACGAUCAGCGCAGAGGUGCGCAAGAGCUACUUGAAGGAGGUAAAGCUCGAAUUCAGUCCCGUCUACUGGAUUGAAAAUGGAACCCUGGUGCCCACAACGACAACCACAACGACAACUUCCACAUCGACCACGACACAUGCCACCACAACUAGCACCAAUGAGCCCACGCCCAUCAACGAGCCGCCUCUGGUCCAUAUGAAGGACCAAGGGGUGCAGCACUCGGGUGCCGAUACGCUAGAGAAGACCUUGCACGACUCACCGUCUAGCAACGAAGUUAACUCCCAUGAUGCCCCCGAGAACAUGGCGUCUAAUCCUGGCAAGGACGUGGCGUUGGCAGGCUUCGGGGUCAACGCAGCGGGGUCGGUUUUUACUGAAGGCUCGGCUUUUUUGACGCUACUGCUUACAGUUUUCGUGAGUCUGUAGAUGGAAUUGAGCUCCGGACUUAGUAUAGCGUUUAAUUGUUGUUGUUGUACCUGUUGUACCCGUCUUUCAGAGCGCAGAUAGGCAUUAUAGGCUACGAAAGGAGUUAGGCAUUAGGAUACUCCGGAAUUGGGAAGAAAUUUGGUGUGAGAACGAAAAGCAAAAGUCGAUAUUUUUUAUACUUUUCCCAAGGCUUCUCAUUUAACACGUAUGCGCAUGCAUGUAGCGAAAUGAAUUGAAAUGAUCAAGAAAUUAACGUACUACAUUCCUAAACUGAAUCCCUCACAAAUGGAAAUAAAUCAAAAGUAAAAAUAAAAACAAACAUAUAUUCAUAUAUACAACGUUUAUGUAGAAAUAUAUUUUAUUUGCAAUGCAAAACAUAAAUCUUAUGGUUUAAUUGGCUUCUCAUUUUGUAAUUAGUAAGCCACAUUGAUAGCAAGUAGAGAAAUACUGAAAAUGUUUGAAAACUUAUUUAGGGAUGAUAUUAUAGACCGCGCUUUAUAAAACGAUGUAUGUAUAUGUCUAAAAUGUAAACCUAUGUGAAACAUAAGUAAUAUUAUGUAUGCUAUUUUUAAGUCACACACUCCAAAUAUGUAAAAUAUACAUUUUUUAUUCAAAUCCUUCGAAUUUAAAUAUGAUUUGCAUUUCAAAGUCAUUUUUUUACAAUUGGUUUAAAUUCAACUUUGAUUGCGAAAGAACAAUGAAUUUUCUAAUUUCAUAUGAAAUCAAAAUAAAGCUUGUAAAUGAAAAAUUCAAAA